CGGGCCGGGCCGGCUGGUCUGGGCGGAGCGCGGGACCGCCGUAGGGGAGGUGCCGCGGCGUCGCCUGGAUUCCCGGGUGGCUGGGGGGCCGGGGUCGGGCGGGACCGCGAGGGGACAUGGCCGAGCCGGCUCCGUUUCCCGUGGCAUUUGAUGAUGUGGCCUUAUACUUUCUGGAGCGAGAGUGGGAAAUCCUGGAGAAGUGGCAGAAGGACAUGUAUCAGCAGGAAAUGAAGAACAAUUAUGAGAGCCUUGAUUCCCUGGGCUGUAUUUCUUCAAAGCCAGAUUUGAUCACCUGGAUGGAACAAGGAAGAAUGCUGUUAAUCAGAGACCAAGGACACUUAGAGAAAACACAAAUGACACUUAGCCUUUCUGGUGACCAGGGAACUCUCGGGGCAAAAGAGGAGGAAUGCCAUUUAAAUGGUCUCCAAGAGCAGGGCUUCUGUGCUCCCUUAUCCAAGGAGGAAAGAAAGAUUUUAUCAGAUCAAAGAGCCACCUUACAACACCCAAGUCUCCAAGAAACAGAGAUUCUAAAUAAUAAAAGCCUCGACAUCACAGCAUCUAAUCAGGACAAGAAUGAUCCACGGCAUAAGCCAAUGGGAACCCCAGAUCACCUGGAAAUUCCACCAGGUCUGAGACUUUAUUCCUGCUUUGUCUGUAGGAAGGUCUUCCAGAUAAAGAGAGACUUUGUGAAGCACAAAAGGAACCACCGCGAGAGCCAGUCCCGUCAAUACCCGAAGCACAAAAUCAAGUCCAGGGGGAAGGCGGAGCUCAGGUGGCUCCGGGCGGUCCCGUGUAAGCAGCCUUUCUGGCGCGGCGCGUGCGAGCAGAGCAGCUGUCUCAGGUGCAGCCUGGCCCUGCACCAGGUGGCUCUCCCGGCCCCGUGGCCCUUCCAGUGCCCCGAGUGUGGCAGGGCCUUCCGGUCCAAAGCCGCCCUGAACAAGCAUGUGUGUUCGCCCAGAGGGGAGAGGCCGUUUUCCUGCCAGGAGUGUGGCCGGGGGUUCACCCAGCAGGACGAGCCGGCCGAGCACCUGCGGGUGCACAGCGGGAGGACACCCUUCCAGGGUCCGCAGGGCGGCAGAGGCCCCUCGCGGGAGGCGGCCGCGAGGGCCCACCGGCGGGCACACCGCGGGGAGAAGCCAUUCUCCUGUGACGACUGUGACCGGAAGUUCACCCACCGGAGCAAGCUCACCGAACACGUCCGAGUUCACACGGGGGAGAAGCCCUUCCGAUGUCCGGAGUGCCAGAGAAGCUUCCGCCUGAAGAGCGGCCUGCGGGCCCAUCUCUGUCGGCACAGCGGGAGGAAGCCCUUCCGGUGCCCAGAGUGCGGCCGGACCUUCUGCUGGAGGAACGCCAUGAAGGCGCACCAGCGUCUGCACAGCCAGGAGAAGCCCUUCUCCUGCGGGCAGUGCGGCCAGGGGUUCACCCGGCCCUCGAAGCUUGCGCGCCACCGCCGCGUCCACGCCAGGCAGACGGCGUUCCCCUGCGAGCGGUGCGGGAGGACCUUCCCGCGGCGCUCGGGGCUCACGCGGCACCUGCAGGUCCACACUGAGGAGAAGCCCUUCUCCUGCGCGCAGUGCGGCCGGGGAUUCCACCGCCGCGCGCACCUCGCCGAACAUCGGCGACUCCACGGCGGGGCCGAGCCCUUCCGGUGCCCCGAGUGCAGCCGGAGCUUCUCCUGGAAGGCCUCCCUGAAUCUGCACCGGCGGCAGCACGCGGGCGAGCGGCCUUUCCCGUGCGGCGAGUGCGGCAAGGCCUACGCUCAGCCGUCCCAGCUCGCCGAGCACGCGAGGGUCCACAGCGGGGAGAAGCCCUUCCGGUGCCCCGAGUGCGACAGGGGCUUCCGGCUCAGAGGGAACCUGAAGAGCCACCUGCUCCAGCACAGCGGCCAGAAGCCCUUCUCCUGUGCGACGUGUGGCUGAAGCUUCGCUCAGCGGUACAGGCUCACGGAGCACGUACGCGUCCACAGCGGUGAGAAGCCCUUCCGGUGCCCCGAGUGCGGCAAGAGCUACUGCCUCCGGGGAAGUUUGAAGGCGCACCUGCACACGCACAGCGGCGAGAAGCCCUUCGGGUGUCCCGAGUGCGGCAAGAGCUUCCUCCAGAAGAGAAGUCUGGAGACCCAUCUGCACCGUCACCGCGGGGAGAGGCCUUUUUCUUGUGCUGAAUGUGGAAGGGGCUUCACCUACCUGGGGGCACUCAACACCCACAUUGCCAUGCACGCCAGGGAGCAGCCCUUCAGUCCCGAGGUCACUCCACUCAGAAAGCAGUGACAGCUCUGCGGUGGGGCCAUAGGCUCUGUUGGCGCUGGCUGAGGCAGGACGAAAAAUUCAGCCAACAUGCUUCAGCCACACUGGCCAGCAUGGAGCAGGCGGCCGUGAGGGCUCCUUGACGAAGGUUCCAGAUAAUCCAGGCACAGCGUCUAGAGACUGGAGGAAAGCAAGCUUUUUGUGGAAGGCGCUGGUCAUCCUGAUGUGAGAGUCAGGUUAGAGCUCCUCCUUUAGCCUUUUCCCCCUCUUUUUUGUAAUAAAGUUUCUUGUGACAAAA